GCCAGUCGAGCUGCAACGUGCGAGCACAUAAAACGCCAGCGUCUCGCAGUCGAAACGACACUUGAGUAGGAAGCGUGCCGCAGCGCGAAACCUUAAAAGAGAAUACGUUAUAGCAUUGAAUGAAAACCAAUUGACUGACAGACAAAUUGACAGAAUGGCACCAAAAUUCGCACUAAAAUGCAAUUACAUUUAUUUGCUGUGUCUAAUUGUGUUCGCCUGGCAGCUGUGCGCGGCUAAGCAGCUGCCGUUGCCUGCCAAUGUCGCUGCCGCUGCAAGUGCAGCAACAACAACAGCAAAAACAACACCAACACGAAUAAGCAGCAGCAGCAGCGCCCAGCAACUACGUCACGAAUCGUACGAUAUUGAUGACGACAAUAUUGCAGACGCACACAUGGCCCCCUCGCGCAGACGUCGCCAAGUGUCCGAUUGGUUCAUAGCGCCCAAUACGCGCUGGUGCGGGCGCGGUAACUUGGCCAAUGGCACAUAUAAUCAUUUGGGAGGUGCAUCGCUGGCUGACAAAUGCUGUCGGAAGCAUGACCACUGCAAGAUUUACAUACCGGCCAUGUCUAAUCGUUACGAACUCUUCAAUUAUCGCCCGUAUACGCUGUCGCAUUGCAGCUGCGAUCGACGUUUCCGCACCUGCCUCAAAAUGGCCAGUGACGAGGAUGCCAAUACCAUUGGCAAGCUUUUCUUCAAUAUGGUGCAAACUCAGUGCUUUGUCCUUAAAACGGAAAAAGUGUGCCAGCAGCGAGGCAAAGGCAUCGACUCGGACAAAUGCCUCAGAGAGGUGGUCAGCCACAAGGCCUACCUCAAAAAUAAUAAGAAGUUUUAAAUUCCGCAUCAGUUAAUGCGAAAGUAAAUAGCAUGUAUGUAUGUAUGUAAAACGCAGCCAAAAACCCAAAGCCUGUUUUUUGCGUUGCAUUUCGAAUUAUCUGCCAAAUGCACCCUGUUCGCAUUGAAGUUGCGCACUUUCCAGCUUAAACAAGAAAGAGCAAAAUACAUCUAAUUUGCCAUUAAGUUUGAAACCUAUUGGUAAAUUAAUCUGAAAGCACAGAUGGGCGAAACAACUUAAGCAUUGCUAAACUUUAAUCUCGUACUUACAGACAACUUAUUACUAAACUAUACUCUACUAUACCAAUACACAGUUUUAUGUAUUAAGUCGUCUACUUCAUAUAUAUACUACAUACAUACAUAUAUAUUUCGAGUGCUAUUAUAGUGCGUAAUAGCCAAUACAAAUAUAUAACUUUUACGUAUUCGUAGUUUAAGCAUACGAACAUAGGCUGCCUGUAAAACAAAGUUUUAAAUAGUUUGUAGCUAACAUAGUUGAUCUAGCAGUUAGUAUGCAUAUGCCUAGUUAAAAAAUAUAACAAAAUUGUUCUCCCAACGUCCCUAAGUUAUUAAGCGUUGUGGCAUAUACUAUGUAACAACUCAGUUGCCUUGAUUUUAAUUAUGCUUUACGUUUAGUCUAGUAUUUUUUAGUGUUUAAAAUUUUACAAAAACAAUAAAAACGAAAGUGAUUAUUAAAUUCAACAAAAA